AUGCCGCCUAAAGAAGCGGUUAAAAAACCCCCAACUGCCGUAAGUCGUCCUCCCAUAAGUGAUUCCAGUCUUUUACAUAUUCCUGAGGAUGCAGUAGAAGGAUUUGUGGAGCGUAUAGAAACAGGGAUAGAUUGGACACUUAUUGAACAAGCAGCACGUCAUCACAAAAAUAAAUGUCUUCAAGAUGAUAUCCCAAAAUGUACUUUUAGUGAAGCCCUUCAAACCAAACUUGAAAACAGUAUUUUCCACACCUUCUUAGAUAAAAAAUCAACCUUAACACUAGACGAACAAUGGGAACUCAUUAUACCUACAGCAGUAUGGGAUAAUGCAAAAUUUUCUAAUGAAGAAGGAAAGAUAUGUUUUCGUAGCGCCAAUAAUUUGACUGAUAAUAUGGAAAAUAUUAUAAAGAAAGCUGUAAAAAUGGGUGAUCGAGAUAUAAUACCUAAAGAAUUUCAAUUAAUACCUGUAUUAAGAGUAACUGAUGCAAAAAUGACUGAAUUAGACGGAAAAUUAGCUAAAUACGAGAAUUUGAUGUCUCUUUCUCUAUGUGGAAAUUUUAUUGGUGAUAUUGUUGCAGCAUAUAUUCCUCCAUCAUUGAAAAUAUUGGAACUUCAAGCAAAUAGAAUUAAAUCUGUGGAGUCUUUUGCUGAACACUUGCCUUUUGAUUUAUUAUACAUGGGUUUAUCUAGGAAUUUGUUGAAUGACGAUAGUGUUGAGGGGCUAUCGCAUGUACCAUACAAUAUUACGGUUUUAGAUUUGUCUGACAACGACAUCUAUCGAAUCGACCCGUUACUAGAAGUCUUAGCAAAACUUCCAAACCUCACCGCUCUUCACCUCGCUGGGAACCCUUGCGCAAUGUGUGCUGGAUACGCUCGAUUAACAUUGAUGAGAUUACCUCGUCUGAAAUGGCUGGAUUCUAGGGAGAUCUUGAUAUCAGACAGAUCGACAGAUUUUGAGCCCCACCCAGAUGAUUUGCGCUCCUCCUAUUUUAAUUUCACAGUUUUUAGGAUUAUGUCAGCACCGCAACCUCCAAAACCCGAAAAGGGAGCAGUAACAACGUUUCACGUAGAAUUAGAAUUACCAUUAAUGGAUACUGCAAGGAGAGCCUUUCUAAUGUUUCGAAGAAAUGAAUCUCUUACAGAAAUGUUACCUCCUCCCGAAGAUGAAGAUUGGUCAGCAUCUAAAGCCACUUCCACUAUUGCUAAAAGUAAAUCAGUUGUAGGAAAUGCUACUGAUAUAGAGUUAUUAUCAGAUCAGUCCGAUAUCUACAAUCGUUUAGAAGCUGUGAAUUCUCGUGUAAUUCGUCAUUACACUGUAUUCGAGAGUAACAGAAUCCAGUGGAAUAAAGUGAUGAAUUUCCAAGAACCAGCCUUCAGAAUUUUUUGUCCGGAUCUUGUCGCCUUACGGAAUACUUUCCGGAGUAAUAUCACUGUCAGAUUAGUUUAUUCCGUGUCAAUCACCGUAAAACCAGGAAAGGACAAGAAAAGCCAAAUGGCAUUUAAGCAACCAGCGGAGCAGCGAGUGAUUCUAGCGUCAGUUAAAUGUCCGUUGAGACGACUGGACUGGAGCCAACCCUCUCAGCACUUCCACUGGGAUGACUCUUUGGGCACCGAUGAAGCUAUCCAUUGGGGUGACGGAGAUCUCUCAAUUAUACAAUAUAGUCAAGCUCCAGUUAAAGUGACCAAAGGGAAACCCGAAUCUGAAGUGGGAACAUCGACGAGGCAAAUGCCGCCUGAAAACUUGACUUGCCACUUUGGUUUUGGUAUUGAUACAUUACGAGGUUAACACAAUCAAUUGUUAAUCGCUAAUUUUAAAUGUUACUAUUGCAAAUAAAUUUAAUCGAAAUUUACUCGAACAUAAGUACUUCCUUUUUAAAAAAAACCGUUAUUGUCUAGGUCGAUUUAUUUCGAAUAUCGUUUUUUCGGAAUGUUUUCACAGCUUCUUGAGUAUUACUAACAUGCCGUUUUGGCGGACACAAAAAUAUAAGGCCUAGAAAUGCAAAUGGGUAAUACGCUAUGAAGAUUUAAGUACUUCUUCUUCCUCCUGGCUUUAGUCCCGGUUGCAUCCUCACCCCCUGGAGAGGAGCCCGGGGCGACUUAAGUACUAUGAUACUAUAAAGUCUACGAUCAUACAUCUAUUAUAUUAUUUAAUUUAACCUUUGCCUUCUGAAUCACUGCUCCCAAACAAUAACCC